AGAGCUUCCAAUAUUUAUAUAUUUUGUGUGUGUGUGAAUUUCUGUUUUACUUGUCACGAAAAAAAAUGAUCCAGUAUUUGUCAGCGGUCUACAAUUUCUAAGGCAUGUACUUGGUAUUUGAAUUGAUUGACACAAAAUAUCGUUAGGGUACACCAUAUUCGUUGGCUUGAAGGACAUAGCCUGUCAUUUUCUAAUAAUGGCUAGUUGCCUGCGAUAUGCGUUGUGCAGGACUUCUACUUUUCUUUCUCGCAAAACGAUAAUAACUACCGCAGCGGCAUUGAGCUUAGCGCCAAGACUUUUGGCGGGUUCCAGAGAGUUUUGCAAAACACCAAUACUGCAGUCAGACGAAGUUGAAAAGGCAAAGGAAGCCGCCAAAACCAAAGGUGAACCAACAAUAUUUGACAAGAUUUUGAGCAAAGAGAUUCCUGCAGACAUCAUCUACGAAGAUGACAAGGCCAUAGCCUUCCGUGAUGUGAAUCCAGUUGCUCCCAAGCAUGCGUUAGUCAUUCCAAGAAAACAGCUCAAUCAACUAAAUGACAUGGCAGAGGAUGAUAUUCCUCUGAUUGGACAUCUCAUGUUUGUUGCCAAGAAAGUUGCACAGCAAGAAGGACUUGCAGACAAUGGCUACAGAAUAGUGAUCAACAAUGGGGUGGAUGCAGCCCAGUCCGUGUAUCAUUUGCAUAUUCAUGUGAUUGGAGGACGACAAAUGAGUUGGCCUCCAGGGUAGUGAGCUUAUGAAUUUAAUGCUUGAGUGUUAACUGAGAAUAUGAAAUACACUACUACUCAUUAUUAUUAUCACUACGCAUGGCCAAAUUGUAAAUAGCCCUCUUCAAAACACUCUAUUUGUGCAGACCAAAUGGCAAAAGUGAGGGCCACAAAUGGAGUUUACCGCCCUAUUCUGAUUGGCGAUGUUCACGCUCUGCUGCCACACUUGACCAAUGAUAUCCAUGGAUACCAUUUUAGUUCCAGUUUGCAGCACGCUUUCAUUUCGCUUCAGCAGCUUCAAAGCGGUGAACUCCUCGAUGUCUUUUUAAAGCAGCCUGUUACAUCUUUCUAGUGUGUACUGCUGCAAAAAUGCUUCAAACAGCUCCAAUCGCUUCUGAAGCACUUCUUAGGGGAUAAAAUGUUUCAGCCACAGUUGUCAAGCGAUUUCAAAACCCCGAGGGCUGAGUCUGCAAUGCAAAACAUGGCUCGGCAAGUUCUAAAGACAACCAAAGUCUCUACUUCACAACCAGUUUCCUUGGCUCAAAAUUGCACUAUGAAGACCACUCCUCACCAGCCCCAAAACUCGCUGUGCUUGGGUGCAAAUGAUGCUACUCCAGCCACAAAUCAACGUCAUGCCCUCAAAAGUAAUGUUAUUGUCCUAUUAAAGGGGAAAUGGAUGGUUUAUAGUAGCAGGGAAUCCAUGUGGGGACUACAAGGGGGCUGAAACAAGCAGUGAGGAAUUAAGAAAGAGUGGUAGCAUUUCUUGGAAGGUGAAAUGCAAGGCUUAUCUCAGUGUCCUGUGGUUGAAUAAGCAUUUUACCCACAAACUGUAACUUUCUCCAGGAAACUAAAAAGGAAAGUAAAUUUACUUUAAUGUUGUUA